AUGAAAAAUAAUAUAGAAAAGGGCAAAAUAAAGAAAUUAAAAAAAAAAAUUAAGUGUUCAGAUAAAGAAGAGAAAGAAGGAGUAUCCUCGAGAGCGAGUAAAAGGACGAUAUAUUCAAAAAAAAAGAAAUUACGUGUUAAGGAAAAAAAAGAAAGGAAAAAAAACACAGGUGAAAAUGUUAUCGUUCAUUCGGAUAAGGAAUUGAACGAUGAACCAGAUGCUUUAAAGGAUUAUAAUAAUAAUAGUAUUAGUAACAGUGGUAAUAACAGUAACAGUAAUAAUAGUAAUAAUAGUGAUAGCAAUAAUAAUAAUUCUGAAGGUUGUCUUGUAUAUAAUGACUCCAUGGAUGGAGAAGAAUUAGGCGAUAAAAAAAAAGGAAGGGAAAAGGGAAAAGAACAUAAUGAAAAAAAUAAAUCAAAGAGUGGCAUUAAGAAUGAUUUUAUUAAAACUAACGAGGAGGAAGAGGUAACAUUAAGUAGUGAUGAGAAUAGUUCGAGUAGUGAUGAAGAUCAUGAUGGGUUACUAUUAACAUCGAAAUUUAAGAAAAAAUUUAGUGACCUUUUGCUUAAAUUGAAAAAUAAAGAUACAAAUUUGUUGGACAAAAAAGAGGAAUUUUUUUUUCAUGAUAGCGAUUUUGAUACCGACGUAUCGAAUGACGAUGUAACAAAACAGAGUGAAGAAGAAAAUGAUAUAAAUGAAAAAAAAGUGAACAAUGUACUUAUAAAUUUCAAAAAUUGUGGGCAAAAUGGGCAAAAUGGGCAAAAUGAGCAAAAUGAGCAAAAUGAACAAAAUGAGCAAAAUGAACAAAAUGAGCAAAAUGAACAAAAUGGGUGCAGAGAUCAAAAUGAGCAAUAUGGACAAAAUGAUAAAAAGAAUAAAGAAGCGAAAUAUUUCCUGAACUAUUCAGAUUAUUUUAAAAACAUAUUGUUAAAAGAAGGAUCGCAGGCUUUUGAUAAGGAAGAGGAAGAGUUACUAAGUAAAGAAAAGGAAAUAUGUUCAGGAAAAAAUAAAAAGAGUUAUUUGGAGGAGCAGGAAGAAUUAAAAAAAAAAAUACAUGAAGCUUGCAAAAUUGCAGAGGAGCAAAAUGACAAUGCUGAGAGUGAUAAUUUUUUUACAGUUAAAGAAAAAAAUGAAAAGGAAAUAAUGGAAGAGAAAAUGUAUUAUGAAAAUUUUCUAAAAACGUCAAAAGUACCUAUGAAAGAAGAAGACAAUUUAUUAAAAGAAUAUUGGAAAGAUAAUUUAAAUAAAGAUGAAGAAUUUUUACGAGAUUAUAUUUUAAAAGAAAUGUGGAGAGAGGAUAAAAUCCAUAAUCCUUAUGAAGAAAUAGAUGAAAUUGAUGAAGAAGAAUUAGAAAAAGCUGAACGUUUUGAAAAAACGUACAAUUUUCGUUAUGAAGAACAAAAUGGGAAUGUUAUAAAUUCAAUUCCACGUAAAAUAGGCAAUAGUGUAAGACAAGACUUAAAAAAGAAAAAAAAGAAGGAAAAAAGAAGGGAAAAAAGAAAAAAACAGAGAGAGAGAAAAAAAAAAAUUUUAGAUGAAUUAAAAAAAGAAAAAAAUAAUAUUAAUACUGAUAAAAAGAAUACUACUAAUAAUACGACAAAAACCAAUACACCGGUGAAUGUUUACACUGAUGAUAAUAACAAAAGUGGGGGAUUUAUGAAUAAUGAUACCAGGAAAGCUGACAAAGGACACAAUUGGACAGUACAUAGUACUCAUUGCAAAGGGAGUAUGAAAUCAGAAAAAGAUGUAGACAAAUAUAAUAAUUCAAAUUAUGUAGAUGAUAGUGGUUAUAUUGACGAUAAUAACCAUAAUGAUGUUAACGAUUUAUGGUUUUUGUGUGAUGAAUGUGAACACCCUAUUAAUCCUCUAAGUUACGUUUAUGAAUGUACAACUUGUGAAAAUUUUGCAUUAUGUAAAAAAUGCUUCAAAAAAACAAUUCAUGAGCAUAAAUUAAAUAAACUAUUAGUACCUAGAAAUUGUGUACCUCCAGAAAAUUAUGGAAAUAGCAAUAUUGUGAAGAAUGAAAAUUCCCAAUUUAACAAUAACAAUGAACAUGUUCAUAAUAAUAAUAAUAAUUUGUACAAUAGCUAUGACCAAAUGGAAUAUUUAGAAAAUGAUUCAAGCGGUUACGAGGAUUUAAUUGAUGAUAUGCCUAUUAGAUUUAAAUAUAUUAAAGUAAAACCAAAAUCGUUCAAACUUACUACUGAUUUUAUUUUGAAAACAGACGAUGCAACAUUAAAUAAAAUGGCUCCAAUAAAGUAUAUUUCUCCAUAUCUGUAG